UUUUUCACAGCAUGUUUGAGGGAUUUUUGUUCAUUAAAAUAUUACGCAUCAUAGCUCAGUGGGCUACAUACUGAACUCAGGCUGAGGGGCCUGGACCCCCGGGAGUCGUCCGCUGCAGUUAUUGAAUGAUGUUACGUCAUCUCCGCUUUAUUUUGGAAAGGUUUGGAAAGAGUGGUGCUCUCUGCGGCUUGACUGCGCAGGUCCGCAGCUGGCGGCAGAGACAGACGCAGAGCAGAGUUCGUCGUUCCAGGCUGGAGCACCGCCGGAGCCGCCCGCUUUGUUCGCCACAGGCUGAGCGCGCGGAGCCGGUGCUCUGGUGUUUCCGGUCCUUAGAGGAAACCUCCGUAGUUCCGAGCGCAGAGCGUUAGUCUGCCGGGACACCCGGCGGAGGGACCGGUGUGAUUUGUGGGACGGUACACGGUGUAAAAUGGCUCCCGGGCACCGCGAACACCGACUCAGCUGAUCUCCAGCAGCUCCAUGUGACGUCACUGCUUCUUCCAGCAGCACUUCAACCGAGCUCUUCCUCCUCCUCCUCCUCGUCCUCUGCUGCGAGGUGGCAUGUCGGCGGCUCAGACCCAGAAGGAGAGCAGCGAGGCGGGCUGGGGCUGCCUGGAGGCUCUGGGUCUCAGUCAGAAGGAGAUCGUCCUGGCUGAGGCCCUGCAGAUGGAGUACGACGCCCUCUCCAAACUCAGACAGGACAAGAGCGGAACGGGACCCAGCCAGACCGGCUCCAAGACCCCCAAUCCCUCCAUCGAGCGCCACCAGUCCACACCUUCCCCGCCGGGAGGAAACCUGCUGAUGGGCCUUUCCGGGUCCGAAUCCUCCCUGAACCAAGCGGGAGGGUCCCAAUCUCCACAGUCCGCCCCAGCCAAGGCCCUCCCCCCUCAGGGCGGCUACGUCAAGGAGUCCCCAUACAUCCUGGACAGCUCCGAAGUCUGCAAGUUCAGGGACGCUUCUGUGCCCAGCCUCGGGGACUCUCCCGGAUCCAGUUCAGGGUUUCUGCCAAAGGGUUUUCCCGCUCUUCCAGAUGACAUACCCCCCGCCAUCCCACCAAGAAACCCCAUCCCACCACUGGCAGUGUCCGAGAACCCCUUCCUGCCCCCCCGACCCUCCACCGUGCCGCGGGACGUGAACCUGUUCAUGCCCGACGUGGAUCGGCCCAAAGUGACCUCCGGAGACCUGAACUAUGACACCAUCAACGACUCGCUGUCCCGACUAAAUGACAGCUGGCAAGGUCGGAGGGCCAACGGCGACCAAUCAGGCAAGCCCGUGGCCCGCAGCAAGACGCUCCCCCCUCAGGUGCCUCCCAGGACGUACGUAGCUGUUCCCAAGAGCAACAAGAACCAGCGUCCGGUCUCUGCAGACCCGGUGUCGCUGGGCUCUAGGAUGAACGGUUUCGGGUACGAGCUCUUCCAGGUGUCGGAGGAGCGUGACGAGGAGGUGGCGGCGUUCUGCCACACGCUGGAUGUGCUGCGCUCGGCGUACCCGUGCUGUGACCGCUCAAAGAACGCCGGCUUCGUGUGGUCGCCCUCCGUUGGCCACGAAGAGCUCCAUCAGGGCCUGGGGGUCAGUGUGAAGGUGACGGUCAUCAGUGAGCACUUCAGAGAGCCGCUCACCUUUACCUGUGACAGUUCGUCCACCGUGGACCUGCUCAUCUACCAGACUCUGUGUUACGCUCAGGACGACCUCGACCAUGUGAACGUGGACGACUACCUGCUGAAGGUCUGCGGACAUGACGAGUUCCUCCACAACGCGCAGACUCUGGGUGGGCUCGAGUUCGUUCAGCAGUGUCUGAAGUUCGACUGGGACGUCCGGCUGUGCCUCGUCAAGAGAUCGUCCAUCAGCACUGAGCUGGCGCGCACGAAAGAUGACGAUGAGACAGCGUCCACCAUGAACCACAGCAUCCUGCUGCAGGAGCGUCCAAUCAAACAGACAGUCACCAGGGAGGCUCUGACCCUGCUGCUCGACACAUUUCACAACGAGGCCGAGUCCUUCCUGCUGUCAGAGGUGGAGCUGCCGCUGCAUGUGGAGCGCCUCGUCCAAUCCGUGAAGGCGCUCUGCAGCUCGUUGGCUGCCGUGGAGACGCCCGACGUGACCUCGGCCCUUAACCAGCUCCCAGCGUGCCCUUGUCGCCUGCAGCCCAAAGUCCUGAAGGAUGCAUCAGUGCUGGCUGUCAGGGAGAACAGAGAGAAAGUGGUGGAGAAGCUGACAGCGGCCAUCUUGGAUCUAGUGGAGCUGUACUGCAGCACAUUUAAUGCCAACUUCCACACGACGCCGCAGAGCCACUGCUGCACGGCGCCCAUCCAGGAGGCUGGCCUCAUCACCAACGUCCUCUCCUUCAACAUCUACGCCGCCCACCGCAUCCCCAUCACGUGGGCUGCCAGUUAUGAAUGCUUCUUCCUGUCCUGCUCUCUGACUCACGGAGGGGCGGAGCUUUGUGCGCCGCAGCACACCAGCAAGCAGUCGGUCAGCAAAUACCUGUUCCACCUGGUGGUCUGGGACCAGAGGGUGUGUUUCCCCGUGCAGAUCAAUCAGCUGCCCCGAGAGUCUCAGCUGACGGUGGUGCUGUACGCCAGCCCUCUGCCACCCCCCGGAGGAGCCGAGGAGAAGGGGAAGCAGCGGCGCAGCAUCGAGGCGCUGGGCUGGGUCACCAUGCCACUCUUCAAUUUCAGACACGUGCUGACGUGUGGCAGGAAGUUGCUGGGUCUGUGGCCUUCAACCCCAGGGAGGAGCGGAAAUGCCCGAACAAGUUCGCCCAACUUCAGCCAGCCGGACAGCGUCAUCCUACAGGUGGACUUCCCCACAUCAUCCUUCGAGGUGCGCUUCAGCACGCCGCCUCCUGCAGACUUCUGCCCUCAAUACAACUUCUCCAGACUGGACACCAUCAGCCAGAUACAGCUGCAGGACGUCCUGCACAAGAAGGCCUUCUUCUGGUUGACGGUGGAGGACAAGCGUCUGCUGUGGGAGAAGAAGGCCUUCUGUCAGGCCGAGAGUGCCGCGCUGCCUCUGAUUCUGGCCAGCGCCCCCUGCUGGGAGUGGGCGUGUCUGCCAGAUAUCUACGCCCUGCUGAGACAGUGGGCCUGCCUGGGUCACCUGGACGCCCUGGGCCUCCUCCAUGCCUCGUUCCCAGAUCAGGAGCUGAGGAGGACGGCGGUCCAGUGGAUGGAUUCCAUCUCCGACCCGGAGCUGCUGGAUUUCCUGCCUCAGCUGGUGCAGGCUCUGAAGUACGAGUGUUACCUGGACAGCUCUCUAGUUCGUUUCCUCCUGCGGCGAGCCAUCGGGGACAUUCGCGUCGCUCACUACCUGUUCUGGCUGCUGAAGGAUAACCUCCAGGACAGUCAGUUCAGUGCUCGCUAUCAGCACCUCCUCGCUGCGCUGCUGUGCUGCGUUGGUCGGGGCCUCCGGGAGGAGUUUGACCGGCAGUGCUGGCUCGUCUCCAUCCUCGCCAGGGUGGCUCACAAAGUUCGAGAGGCGACGCCGUCCAGCAGACAGUGUGUCCUCAGAGACAGUCUGGAGGAGAUGAAGCAGUUCUUCUCGGUGAACAGCAGCUGCAGACUUCCUCUGAACCCAGCACUGCUUGUCACCAGCAUCAACAUCCAGUCCUGCUCGUUCUUCAAUUCCAACGCUGUCCCUCUGAAGUUGUCCUUCCAGAACCGGGACCCACUGGGAGACAACAUCAGUGUCAUCUUCAAGUCAGGAGACGACCUGAGGCAGGACAUGCUGACUCUGCAGAUGAUCCGCAUCAUGAACAAGAUCUGGAUCCAGGAGGGGCUGGACAUGAGGAUGGUCCUCUUUAAGUGCUUCUCCACGGGGAGGGGCCGAGGUAUGGUGGAGAUGAUUCCUCAGGCUGAUACUCUGAGGAAGAUCCAGGUGGAACACGGUGUCACGGGAUCGUUCAAAGACCGGACACUGGCCGACUGGCUGCAGAAACACAACCCCACUGACGAGCAGUACGAUAAGGCCGUGGAGAACUUCAUCUUCUCGUGCGCUGGUUGCUGCGUGGCCACCUAUGUCCUGGGAAUCUGCGACCGCCACAACGACAACAUCAUGCUGAAGACGAGCGGGCACAUGUUCCACAUCGACUUCGGGAAGUUCCUGGGACACGCCCAGAUGUUCGGGAACAUCAAACGGGACCGCGCCCCUUUCGUCUUCACCUCUGACAUGGCUUAUGUCAUCAAUGGCGGCGACAAGCCGUCCAGUCGCUUCCACGACUUUGUGGAUCUGUGCUGCGAAGCGUACAACCUGAUCCGGAAGCACACACACCUGUUCCUCAACCUGCUGGGCCUGAUGUUGUCCUGUGGGAUCCCUGAGCUCUCCGACCUCGAUGACCUGAAGUAUGUCUAUGAUGCACUGAGACCUCACGAGUCUGAGGCUGACGCCACCAUGUACUUCACCAGGUUGAUCGAGUCCAGUCUGGGCAGCGUUGCCACCAAACUGAACUUCUUCAUCCACAAUCUGGCCCAGAUGAAGUUCACCUCGUCGGAGGAGCGCCCCACACUGUCGUUCGCCCCCAGGUUCCACUCGGCAAAGAGCGACGGCGUCAUCAAGAACCUGUACAUCUGCAGACACAUCCGGACCGGCGGAAAGGGAUAUGCUUUUGUGGUGAAGGUGGAGCGUGAAGGUCAGCAGGAGGUGCAGCUGGUUCAGAGGACGUUUGAGGAGUUUCAGGAACUCCACAGCAAACUGAGGCUCAUCUUCCCCUCAUCCAAACUGCCCAGUUUCCCCAGUCGCUUUGUGAUUGGCCGUUCCCGCAGCGAGGCGAUGGCUGACAGGAGGAAGGACGAGCUGAACGGUUACGUGUGGCACUUGAUCCACGCCGCUCCGGAGGUCGCUCAGUGUGACCUGGUGUACACCUUCUUCCACCCGCUGCCCAGAGACGAGCGAUCAGGAACGACGGUGAGCAAACCAGCAGAGAUCUCGUGGUCUCCAGGUUCAGGAAAAGAGCUUGGCGAGGUCAAACUGUCCAUCUCCUACAAGAACGAAAAACUCUUCAUCAUGGUGAUACACAUCCGAGGACUGCAGCCCCUGCAGGAUGGGACUGACCCCGACCCCUACGUGAAGCUCUAUCUCCUCCCCGACCCUCAGAAGAUGAGCAAGAGGAAAACGAAGGCGGCACGACGCACGUGCAACCCCACCUACAACGAGAUGCUGGUGUACGAGCGGAUCCCACGGGGGGACCUGGACCAGAGGGUGAUCCACCUUCGGGUCCUGGGAGACGGCGCCUUCUGGGAGAAUACGCUGCUGGGAGAGACCUUCAUCCCCUUGAAGAGGCUGGUCCCAGGUCAGCACUGGGUGGGCUGGCACAAACUGGGCCCCCCUGGCUCAGACUUCGCCCACUGAUGGACAGGAAACGGGAGGCAGCGGACUUAAAAAAAAGAGAAGAACUGCAGGCGUUCCUGAUGAGGAGGAACGACGAAACAAAAAAAGGGACAUCCUUUCAAAGUAAAAGCCUUGUGGCUGCUCUGUGGGUGUCAUGCCACGCUCGUUAGUUUAUAAGAGACUGAGUUUUACUUCAGUGAACGAGUUCCACUAACAAACGCACUAACGAGCUCGCUCUGACCUUUGACCUGAGAGCGACUGAAGGAGUGGAUUCCUUUUUUAACAGACCUACAGGAGCUCAGACGUGCUCGAGCUGUUUCUUCUUCUUCUCCUCGGACCGCAGCAGGAAGUUUAACUGUGAAAAAGGAAACGAGGACAGAGCCGCGGCAAAGAAGACGAAGCAGGUUGAAGAGCGCAGGCAGCGCUGCUGAGAAGGCUUUAGGUUAUUUUUUUAGCGGGUUUGAUUUAUUUUUAAAGUGCGACUGACUGCCGGCUGCUUGCGUGCCUAUGUUUCAUUCCUGGUUUCUAAAUCGUGUCAUUUCCUGUUUUUAGCUCAAUGAUGGCGGGCGUUUUGUGAUCAGCUGAUUUGUUUUGUGUUUGCGCUGUAAAUAAACGCAAGGUUUUCACAGUGACUGCUUCACACGUUUAAAGACGAGAGAAAUCUGAAGAAUUUCAAAAUUCUGAAACCGUGAAAUUAAAUUUUUAUUGUUGGAUUGUUUUUGAUUAUGUGACUCUGUGAUGUCAUCACGCUGCUCAUUCAUUCAGCUAUCACUUCUCUCCGUGAGGGCACUUUCCCCUGAUUGGCCAGCAUGCGGAAGCCUGCUGAGGGGCAGCCUGUGAGCUGUUAGCGCCCCCUGCCUGUGGACGUGUCGUUCCACAGGCAGGGGGCGCUCUCGGGGCAAAUUUCAUCCUGUUUUUGAAGGAAGAGCUCGAGACUCCAUUUUUAGACAUUUCAGUUUCUACUGCAGUGAAGUCGCUGAGGACGUCACAGCACCACGAGCCGCUUUACAGCACCCUACGUUUUGAUUUGGGGUGUGAAGCCAGCUCCUGCUUCUGCUGCUAACGUGUGCUGGAGGUUUGGAAACAGGCGCCAUCAAGGGAGGACGUCCUGUCCUGAACUCUAACCGACCAAACAGCAGGCAGCAGUAGCGUGCUAGUGUUUCGUGGGUAAAUUCAGGUCUGCAUGAACAGUUCAAGUGUUUGUAUUUUUUCUGCAUCAUGUGACUGAGGUCCUGACCAAUCAGAUGAGGUUGCUGUGGGUGAAGAAGCAGCAUGAUGACGCACAGAGGCGGGCUUUGUUUGGAUGCAGCUUCACUGAUGACGACCUGUACAGACGAAUGAUUCUGAACCUUUUCUAUUGUUUGCACUACACAAUAAACUUGAAAUGAAAGCA